AUGAAGCUGUCCCUCACCUUCCUUGCCACCGUCUUCGCGGGCGUUGUUGUCGCAGACAUGCACAACAGCUGUGCCUGCCACAACGGCGGCUACAACUGGCGCAUCACCGCCCCAGCAUGUGACGCUUACGGUUCCGAUGUUGCCUACAACAAUGACUCUGGUCGCUGUGAAUCCAAGUCUGGCGACGAGGUCCUCGAUGGCGACACAUGGGAGGGUACCUGCCAGAAGCUCGCUCAGGAGGGUUUCGCCUGUAUCGAUGGCAAGGGCACCUGCUACGCCUCAGCCGACACCGUCCGGGGUGACUGCAACUAA